AUGGCGGAUGCUAUAGCUGCAAUUGGUCCUGGGUAUAAAAUCCCAACUUACCAUAAUUUGCGUGUGAAUUUAUUGAGAGAUGCUAAGAAAGAAGUGCAAUUACUUGUUGAUAGUUACAAGAAAACUUGGGAGGAUGUUAGAUGUACUUUAAUGGUUGAUGGUUGGAUAGAUAAUUCACAUAGGUCGCUGAUUAAUUUUCUAGUGUACUGUCCUAAAGGAGUGUGUUUUGUGAAAUCAGUGGAUGCUUCAAAUGUUGUAAAGGAUGCUGCAACAUUGUUUGGCUUGUUUGAGGAAAUAGUUUUAUGGGUUGGACCAAACAAUAUUGUCCAUCUUGUCACUGACAAUGGAGCAAACUAUAAAACUGCUGGAAGAAUGUUGUCUGAAAAAUAUAGCAGUAUUACUUGGUCUCCUUGUGCAGCACAUUGCAUUAAUUUGAUGUUGAAAGACAUGGCUGAGAUGAGUCAUAUAGUCAACCUUUCGACACAUGCAUCUGAGGUUACAAAGUUUGUGUAUAAUCAUUCCUUUGUGCUGGCUUUGCUGAGGAAAAAACAGGGUAUGACAGAAAUUAUAAGCCUAGGUGCAACCUGUUUUGCCACAACUUUCAUUGCAUUGAGCAGCCUACAUCAGCACAAACAUGACUUGCAAUCUACAGUGACAGAUAGAACUUUUGUGGAGUGCCGAUAUGCAAAAACUAAUAAAGGCAAAGCCUUUAUUUCCAUAGUUCUAGAUAACCAGUUCUCGGAUGACAUUGGUAUAGUUUCCAAAGUUGUGAGUCCAUUGAUGCAUAUGGUCCGGAUUUUAGACUCAGAUGAGAGGUCUUCAAUAGAAUAUGUGUAUGAUGGCAUGUACAAAACGAGGAUGGGAAUCAAGAAGCUGUUUAAGAACAAGAAAAUUUUGUACAAGCCUUAUACAACAAUUAUCAAGAUGCGUUGGGAUAGGAUGUUACGCCGUGAUCUUCAUGCAGCAGCAUAUUAUUUGAAUCCUACUUUUAAAUAUGACGAGGACACUUUUUCCAAAAAACCUGAGGUCAUGUAUGGUUUUCUUGACACUAUUGACAAUAAAGCAAGUGCAUUCAAAAUGAGCAAGACAACGUUACUGGAGGAGAGUAGAUUAUAUCGAGAUCGUCUAGAAAGCUUUUCUCGUGAGCUUGUUUUUCAAACAUGCAAAACUACACGGCCAGAUGAAUGGUGGAGGACAUUUAGGUUUAGUACUCCAAAUUUGCAAAAGUUUGCAAUCAAAAUUCUAAGUCAAACUUCGGCCUCUUCCGGAUAUGGUGGUGAAUCUGAUGAUCACCAUUCUUAUUAUGACUCAACAGAUGUUUCAGAAGAUGAUGUCGCGAUGCUAAUAAUGAUGACGAUUAUCCAUCAGGUGGUGUCUGAAUUGUCAAUUUUAAUUGAGGAUGGAGUGAUGGAUAGAUUGAUUGAGGACCAUUUGGUUUAUAAGCUUGAUGAAGAGAUGUGUGAGUGGGUUGAGGUGGAGGAUGGAUUGGAGGAUAGAGUGUUUUUUCUGGGUGAUGAUUGUUCCUUCUCUCUUUCGGCUAAAGAGUUCUCCGGAUGUAAAGGGAAAUCUAUUUAUUUCAAACAUGGUCCCUCCAGAAUUGAUGGUUUUCUCCCUGGAAUAGAUGGUGGGAUUUUUGACUUGAAGGAUCGGACUGUUCGUCACCUCUUUGCUGAAUGUUCUAAGAUCUUUUGGCCUCCACCAAGUUGGGUGAAGUGA